CUUUGACCCGGAAGUUGUUUCGUUCCCUUCCUCCUGUUUCCCCAUCCAUGUGGUUCACUUGAGGAAACAGCUGAGAGGAGCAGAGGGAGCAUGAAGGUGAAGGUACUGAGCCGGAACCCGGACGAUUAUGUGCGGGAGACUAAGGAGGACCUGCAGCGAGUUCCCCGGAAUUAUGAUCCUGCAUUACAUCCAUUUGAGGUUGCACGGGAAUAUACACGAGCUCUAAAUGCCACAAAAUUGGAUCGUGUAUUUGCAAAGCCCUUUGUUGCAUCCUUAGAUGGCCAUAGGGAUGGCAUCAAUUGCAUUGCUAAGCAUCCAGAGAGCUUGUCUACCAUUUUGUCAGGAGCAUGUGAUGGAGAAGUUAGAAUCUGGAACUUGAUGAACCGCGUCUGCAUUCGUACAUUACAAGCACAUGAGGGUUUUGUGAGAGGAAUGUGUACCCGCUUUUGUGGUACCUCUUUCUUCACUGUUGGUGAUGAUAAAACAGUGAAGCAGUGGAAAAUGGAAGGACCAGCUUCUGGGGAAGCAGAGGAACCAAUAAACACGAUUCUUGGAAAGACGGUGUACACUGGAAUUGACCACCACUGGAAGGAUCCUGUUUUUGCGACAUGUGGCCAUCAAGUUGAUAUUUGGGAUGAACAGAGAACCAGUCCUUUGUGUUCUUUGACCUGGGGAGUUGAUAGCAUCAGCAGUGUUAAAUUCAAUCCAAUUGAGAUGUAUCUUUUGGGAAGCUGUGCUUCAGACAGGAAUAUUGUACUGUAUGAUAUGAGGCAAUCAACUGCAUUGAAAAAGGUUAUUUUGGACAUGAGAACAAAUACACUUUGCUGGAAUCCCAUGGAAGCAUUUAUUUUCACUGCAGCAAAUGAGGACUAUAACCUGUAUUCUUUUGACAUGCGAUUUCUUGACAAGCCUUUAAUGAUUCAUAUGGACCAUGUAUCUGCAGUCCUUGAUGUGGAUUACUCCCCUACUGGGAAAGAAUUUGUGUCUGCCAGCUUUGAUAAAUCUAUUCGCAUUUUUCCUGUAGACAAAGGUCGUAGCAGAGAGGUCUAUCAUACAAAGCGAAUGCAGCAUGUGAUAACGGUCAAAUGGACGUCUGACAACAAGUAUAUUUUGUGUGGCUCUGAUGAAAUGAACAUUCGUUUGUGGAAAGCAAAUGCUUCUGAAAAGCUGGGUGUUAUUGUUCCUCGAGAGCAAGCAGCUAUGAACUAUAAUCGAAAAUUGAAAGAAAAAUUCCAGCACCAUCCCCAGAUCAAACGAAUAAGUCGCCAUCGUCACUUGCCAAAGAACAUUUACAGUCAGGCCAAGGAACAGCGGAUCAUGAGAGAAGCUCGUCGACGAAAGGAACUGAAUCGCCAGAAACACAGCAAGCCUGGAUCUGUACCACUUGUACCAGAGAGGAAAAAACACAUUGUGGCUGUGGUGGAAUAAUGCUUUGUAGGACUACCAAUUAUAUUAUUUGUAUCUUUAAGGGCAUUGUGCACAUCACAUUGAUAUAGCAUAUGAUUCUUCCAACAUUUUAUUUUUAAAAAGGCUUAUAAUUUUUCCCAUUGUGUAAAAAAUAUUUUUGGAAUGUUGUAUAAAAAAUUGUUCUAAGGAA